CGCUGGGGGGGGGGGGGCGGCUCGCGGCUCCGGCUCGGCCUCGCGCUGGCUGCGGCGAGUCUCGGUCCUGAGGGCGGCCGACGCGGCUGGCUCGGUGACGAUGAGGUUUCUGCUCGUUCUCCUGGUGGCGGCGUCGGCGGUGGUCCGGAGCGAUGCCUCGGCCAACCUGGGCGGCGUGCCUGGCAAGAGACUAAAGAUGCAGUACGCCACGGGGCCGCUGCUCAAGUUCCAGAUUUGUGUUUCCUGAGGUUAUAGGCGGGUGUUUGAGGAGUACAUGCGGGUUAUAAGCCAGCGGUACCCAGACAUCCGCAUUGAAGGAGAAAAUUACCUCCCUCAACCCAUAUAUAGACACAUAGCAUCUUUCCUGUCAGUCUUCAAACUAGUAUUAAUAGGCUUAAUAAUUGUUGGCAAGGAUCCUUUUGCUUUCUUUGGCAUGCAAGCUCCUAGCAUCUGGCAGUGGGGCCAAGAAAAUAAGGUCUAUGCAUGUAUGAUGGUUUUCUUCUUGAGCAACAUGAUUGAGAACCAGUGUAUGUCAACAGGUGCAUUUGAGAUAACUUUGAAUGAUGUGCCUGUGUGGUCUAAGCUGGAAUCUGGUCACCUCCCAUCCAUGCAACAGCUCGUUCAAAUUCUUGACAAUGAAAUGAAGCUCAAUGUGCAUAUGGAUUCAAUCCCACAUCAUCGAUCAUAGCCCCACCUAUCAGCACUGAAAACUCUUUUACAUUAAGGGAUUUUUUGCAAGAGCAGCGUGACUGACAUUAUGAAGGCCUGUACUGAAGACAGCAAGCUGUUAGUACAGACCAGAUGCUUUCUUGGCAGGCUCGUUGUACCUCUUGGAAAACCUCAAUGCAAGACAGUUUUUCAGUGCUGGCACAUUUUGGAAUUCUGCACAUUCGUGGAGUGCAAUAAUACUGUAUAGCUUUUUUUUUCUUCCCCACAUCCACUCAGUUAACAGUUUUUAAGAAAAAUGUAGACAUUACCACUUGUACCUUUUUUUUUCCUUAGUCAUAUUUGGAAAAGUAGAAAAUUGAGUUAUAAUUUGACUUUCUUUUCAAAGAUGCCUGUUAAAUCUGUUGUGAUUUUAUAUGAAUUUUCCUUUUUUUAUAGUUUAAAAUCGAUCUUUUUGGGAACACAGCUGAAGUUCCCACAUGCUCUAAGAGUUUAUCAGGCAUCUUUAAUUUGGUCAUGUCCAAUUUCUAUAGUUUUCAAAAUACUGCAGAUUGUGAACAGUGCAUUAUAUGAGAUUAUGGGGGGAAAUCCUAUAUCCAGAGUACUCUACCAAUUUGUGUGUAUGUGCGUGUGUGCGUGUGUGAUUACCAGAGAAUUACUAAAAGACCAACUGCUUUUUAAAUACUGUUAUGUAGUUCAAGUGUCUUGCCUUGACCAAUCUAAUGAGUUGAUUAACUGGGCCUUUAUACUUAAUAAAAAACUAAGCAGAUGUAAGUUAAAAAGUUUGAAUUUAUUGCCCAGCGUACCUAUUAACAUAUUUAAAAGUUGUCUUCCUCAAUUUUUUUGAAUUCCAGAUAAUUUCAUAAGGAACAUACUUUAGUUUGAUAUGCAAAUAAUAGAUCAUUUACCAUCUUUAGGAUAAUGAAUCAGUUGAAAGUUCAGUUAAACCUCUUUACACUUCAUUUUAGGUGAAUGGAGACUAUUUGUCUAAUAAUUUAACUUAACAUCAUAUAUCAGAAUUUUAUUAUAUUUAAGGAACAAAAUCAAAAAGUUUUUAUUCAGUGAAUUUAAUAUCUUUCCAGAGUUCUAUAAUGAUAGUUUUUUUUUAAACAAAACCUUAAACUGCUGGACCAUAAGGGUAAUUUAGCAGAAAUAGGAUCAUAAUGUAGAAAAAUAGUCAAGUAUCAACAUAUUUUAGAUUCCAUAUGGGAAUAGACGUGUAGGUCUAGAUUUGUUACUAGAAAUAAAGGGAUUUGAGGAAAAAUUAUGAGACCAUUCAACAUUUGGUCUUACAGACACUUAGCACAACCCCUUAUACUUCACUUAUCACUGAAUAUUUGUUGAAUUGAUGUUUGGUAAUCAUGAUUUUAUAUUCCCAAGGUGGAACAUGCUGUAGUAGUCUCUAGCUAACAGGAAAUUAGUCUGAUGAUUCACUGCAGAAAAUUGAUUAAAUGACUUCUUUUAAUCAAGACUGCACAACUGUUAACCUAAGUUGAUACAGUGGCAAGCGUCCAUAGAGGUUACGUUGGAACUUCUUGGAAGUUAUUAUUCAUGUGUAAUAUUUUAUGUUUGAUUAGCCUUGCUUAAAGGCUAGUCAGGCUUAAAGCCUCACUACUUUUCAUUUGUAGCAGCCCAAAUAUCUGUCUUCUGCAAGUUGAACACAGAGCUCAGUGUUAGUGUAGGGCCUUUUCUUUAGUUGAUGGCCAUUCCAAUAGUGAUAAAUUAACCUUUGGGCAUUUAGAACUUCCAAACUCGAGCCUUGGAUGUUCCUAUGUAUCUGACAGGUUAGGCUUCAAAAGCAUAAGAUUAUAUCCUAACUUUUUUCAUGUUUGUCUUGGGUGAAUAACAUGUCUUUUGGAGAAUAGCUUUAAGUGGCUUAGACACUGAUAAAACUCAGUGUGUUAUUUUUUGUACACUCAUCAAUAUUGUUUUAUCUUUAACCAUAUUUAAAUCUAGGAUUUAAUAGAGUCUACUGGAAAAAUUAGUGGAAAGCAUGAAUAUAAAAACCAAUAAGGAAAAGGGGAAAGUUAAAAAAACUAUUUAGAAGAAAAUGAAACUAUUUAGAACUAAUUUUAUUAUAUUUCUAACAUUUCAGAAUUUAUUAGUUGCUUACAAAUUGAUGUGGCUGUGUAAUUUAUAAAUGUUUAUGUAUUAUAUUUAAUUAGGAGACUGUAGAACAUUACAACAGAUUGGCUAAUGUUACUGGGUUUUUUUUUUUGUUUGUUUUUGUUUUUUGUUUUUUUUUAAACCAGAGUUGCUGUUGUGGAAGAAAUUACUUGUUAGAUUAAUAAAAGAAUGUUGGCAAAACAUGGUUUUAUACCUCAGAAUCCAGAUGUGCAAGGCAAAAUAUGCUUUCAGAUUAUGAAUACUUUUCUUAAGGUAUUAACAUUAAUGACAGCAGUUGGUUAGCCUUUUACCAUUAUCAAAAUACAACAGGAUUCCAAUGAUUAUUCUUUCUUAUUUUGAAUGUUGUUUCUUUGGGACCUUGAUUGGUUGGCAUUUUAUCAGUGUCAUAAUUUUAAAUAAUUCAGAUUUUAAAACCAGCCUGCAGAAUUUUUAAGCAUGAUUUGAUGAUAUUCAAUACUAAGGCUUUUAAAAAAAAUUUCUUGAGAGAAAUGUGAGGGAUUGUAAAGUUUAGGGGCUUACUAACACAUGUGAAAAUAAACUUAUAUUAAGCUGAUGUAAAAGGAACCUCUUUUUUGUGGAAUUAAAUCUGUGCUAGAGCACUUCACGUGAUAACUGUAUUUAGGAAAUUUUAUUUGUAAAAGUCGUUGGUAUCAAAUAGUAUGUUCGCUUUCUAAUUACUUCUUAACCAGUGCUAACACAUCCCCUCGCCUUCUCAAUCUGGCACUCAAGCCUUACUGCUCUUGGACCUUACACUACUUCUCAAGCCUUAUGGUCCUCUUGGUGUUGCCGAACUAACAACAGCUCUGGUGUAAUUCUGUGCUUGUUUGGAGCAGGGAGCAGCAGUUUACAUCAUUGUCUGUCCCCAACCUCCAGAAUUCCUGAGAAAGUAAUACUGAUAUUCCCAAAUCUAGAGAAAAAAUAGUAGGAGGACCUUCCCUCUCGACUACAUAGAGACAGCAAUCUCAGAAGAGAAAACAAAGCUCGGAUUUUUUUUAAAAAAGAUUUUAUUUAUUCAUAUGAGACAGAGAAAGGAGCAGAAACAUAAGCAGAGGGAGAAUCACGCUCCCUUAGGAGCUUGAUACAGGACUCAUCCCGGGAUCAUGAUCUGAACCAAAGGCAGACACUCAGAGUGAUCCAGGUGUCCCAAAGCUCAGAUAUUUUUUAAUAAUUCAGGUGAGCCUUUUCCUUCACAGACCUUGGCUCUUUUUUCUUAGGCUUCGGAAAAGCCAAUAGAGACUCCUAUCCAAACUGUAUCUUGAAGAAAAAUAUAAACUGGUCUCAGAGUGGGAAGAGUGAUAAGUCACCUACUCUCUAUCAAAGCUUAUGGAAUGUCUUCUGUUGCCUAUGUAAGCUUGAGCAAAAUAAAAAGAAACAUGAUAAC